CAUCGUUAAGAAGAUUAACGUAAACUAUUAACGUAAUGAAAUAAUUCAAUGGUAUGCGAUAAAAAGAGUGAUAUAUCGAAUUGAUCGUCGAUGUCGGCAGUUUGUCGUUGAAUUUUGCUUAAAUUUAAGCGUACAACCGUUCGGUAUACUCGGUCGGGUUAGUUCGGGCGUGUCCGUGAGCGGUCGGUUGGUGACGGAGAGGAUCGGUGGCGCGCGCGAGUCACUCGGGCGACCGGGGGCCGCCAUUUUCCUCCAGCGAGGGAGAGUGUCGCGAGCGUAGUUCCGCGCAUCGUCGGUUCUUCGCUUUUUUCCAUUAAAACCGUUGAAUCGAGAUAUAUUUUGAAGAAACGAUCGGGGCGUCAUAAGGGUAGACGCGCGCGCGAUCACAGUGUCCGCAUUCGUACGAUCGACACGGGGCUUCUUUACGGGGGGAGGCUCUCCGAAGUCGGCCGUGGACGACGCGAGAGCGGCGCGAACCGAGAGGAGAGCCGCGCCGCCGUGUGGACACCCCUCCGCGUAAAAGAGAGCGAGCUAGAAAAAGAGAGAAGAAGAAGAAGAAGAAGAAGAAGAAGACGAAGAAGAAGAAGAAGAAGGAAGAAGAAAGAAGAAGAAGAAGAAGAAGGAGAAGGACCGAAGCAACGCGAGAAAGGAUACGAAGGAACACAGUGGUGAAAGAGUGAAACGAUUUGUGUUAUUCCCCCUAUACCGUUGGCCCCUCUCACAAUCAGUACAACCGGUGAAAACGCCACGAGUACGACGAAGAGUACGAAGGUGCCCGAGAAAUAUAGGAAGAGUCGCCUCCGACAGGAGACGGUAUUCAACGAUUCGUGAUGCGUUGGAGGUUCUGCGGUCCUUGUACAAAAACCAACCAGAAGUCAGUGUUGCAACAACAAUUUGUGUGACAAAGCAUCAAAGUGCAAAACCAUAUAAUCACACAUUCGAAGAGGCUUCUUUACCAGUGGUUUAUAAGACUUUUUUGAGAAAUAGUGGACAUUUUUAGUGAAACUGAGAGUAAGAGUGAAAAAUACAAACAUAGGGGGGGCUGUCUGACCGAUGGACAAACGGAAGAUGAUGCCCAAACGCCCUCGAAUGGAGAAUCUAAGGGGCCCUAUUGCAAACGGGCCCAUCCAAACACGACCAUUAGUGGCUUUACUCGAUGGACGAGAUUGUUCCAUCGAAAUGCCCAUUCUUAAAGAUGUUGCGACUGUGGCAUUUUGUGAUGCUCAGUCAACAUCAGAAAUUCAUGAGAAGGUAUUAAACGAAGCUGUAGGUGCACUUAUGUGGCAUACUAUAAUUUUGACAAAAGAAGACCUUGAAAAGUUCAAAACACUACGGAUCAUCGUUAGAAUCGGAUCUGGGGUGGAUAAUAUCGAUGUCAAAGCAGCUGGCGAACUUGGCAUCGCAGUGUGCAAUGUGCCUGGCUAUGGAGUCGAAGAAGUAGCGGACACCACUCUCUGUCUGAUUCUAAAUCUUUAUCGACGCACAUAUUGGUUGGCAAAUAUGGUACGCGAAGGAAAAAAAUUCACUGGACCUGAACAGGUCAGGGAAGCAGCAACAGGAUGUGCAAGGAUACGAGGUGACACACUUGGCAUAGUCGGUUUGGGCAGGAUCGGCUCUGCAGUCGCAUUACGUGCUAAAGCUUUCGGUUUUACUGUCAUCUUUUAUGACCCUUACCUACCUGAUGGAAUCGAGAAAUCUCUUGGACUCACCAGGGUUUAUACAUUACAGGAUUUACUAUUUCAGUCCGACUGUGUAUCUCUACACUGUACCUUGAAUGAGCACAAUCAUCACCUAAUAAAUGAAUUCACUAUUAAGCAGAUGAGACCAGGAGCAUUUUUAGUAAACACAGCACGAGGUGGACUGGUAGACGAUGAUGCAUUAGCUGCCGCACUUAAACAGGGUAGAAUUCGUGCAGCGGCAUUGGACGUUCAUGAAAAUGAACCGUACAACGUCUUUCAGGGUCAGUCUACGCAAUGUCCGUUGAAAGACGCGCCCAAUCUGUUGUGCACACCACACGCUGCAUUCUACAGCGAUGCAAGCUGCACCGAACUACGUGAGAUGGCGGCCAGUGAAAUACGAAGAGCUAUCGUCGGUCGCAUACCAGACUGCUUACGAAACUGUGUAAACAAGGAGUAUUUCCUUUCCUCGACCGGCUACCCCGAGGGGAUCAACGGCGGAUACUACGCUGGGGCGCUGCCCGUUCAACAGGCGCAUUCAACGACUCCUCACGAUUCUGCACCCCCACCUCCCGGUGGGCAUUCCGUCGUCGGCGGCGGUGGUGGUGGGGGUGGUGGCGGACCAAACUCCUCGGCAGGCGGUGCAGGCGCCGGGGGUCCGACAGGCCCCGCGGGUCCAACGGUAGGCGGCGGCGGGGCUGGAGGCCCUGCUUCAGCUCCCCCUACUGCUGGAUUACCCGGUCUACCACACAGCAUAGUGAGCGAGCCUGACCCCCGGCCAAGCCCACCUGCUCCGAGUCCCCGUUGACCUUGAACCCCAGACAUACACUCCUGCACCACCCUCCGAUCUAAUUUCCUUUAGCCAUUCACGUACAUGCUACACGUAACAUAUACACGUACAUACUUACACACACAUACACACACACACACACUACAUUACAUACUUUACAUACAUAAAUACCAUAUACAUACAUAUACACACAUACACACACACACACACACCUAAAUACAUACAUACAUACAUAUUACGUACGUACGUACAUACACACAACGCUCUAAUUACAUACACAUCAACGAGAUACAUAGAGAGAAAGAGAGAGAGAGAGAAAUAGAGUGAGGGAGGGAGGGAGAGAGAGAGAGAGUGUGUGUGUGAGAGAAAGAGAGAAAGAGAGAGAGAGACGUAUUAUAAGAGAAGAAAAAACAGAGAUGUAUACACUAAAAGAAGGACAUUCGCCGUACCUACUGUACCAAUAUAUACAUACACACCACUACCACCUAUUCACAUACAUAUACGUAUACAUAUUAAAAGAACAUCCGCACGCAUUCACAGAAAAGAGAAUUAACAAACAACAAACAAACAAACAAACAGACAGACAGAGACAAACGUACAGAAGAUAGACACACCCAUACACAAACAUACACACACACUGCGUAAUACAGUAAGAAGAAAAAACCGCGCGUGCGCGACACCUCUGACGACAAACGGCCAAUUGACUAUUAAACGUGUGUCGUGCACGAUGUACUCCCUAAAAAAAAAAAAAAAUCUGUCCGCUGCUUCCGAGGACUCGAGGGAAUUCAUCCUUGAGUGUAGAGUGAGAGAGAGGGAGAGAGAGAGAGAGAGAGAGAGAGAGAAAGAAAGAAAGAAAGAAAGAAAGAAAGAAAGUGAAAAAAGAAUUGUGAGAAAGAGAGGAGAGGGUAUGUGCAUUUGUGUGUGAGAGAAAAAGAUAGUGUGUGGGUGACAGAGAGAGAGUGAGAGAGAGAGGAGAGAGGGAGAUAGAAAAAGUAUGAGCGUAAGUAAAAAUCUACGUGUGUGUUGUGUGUGAGAAAACAGCAGAUAGUCAACACGAAAAGGGCUUAGAGCUAGCAAGCGAUAUAAAAAGAGAGAGAGAGAGAGAGAGAGAGAGAGAGGGUAGGAAGAGAAAAUAAUAGAAAGAAAGUGAAAGAUCAGAUGAGAGUAAAAGAGAGAUCACCGAAUGUCUGAGAGGGAGAGACUGAUUGAGAGGGUGAUCCAUUGUGUGUGUAGAGAGGCUGAGAAAAAGAUAAAUAGAGAGAAAGAGAGAGAGAAUGAUUCUGAUAUAUUUACGUAUAUAUGUAUGUAUGUAUGUAUGUGUAUAUAUAUAUGUAUAUGUAUAUAUAUAUAUAUAUAUAUGUAUGUAUGUAUGUAUGUAUAUCAGACAGAGAGCGUGCUAUUAUAUGUUUGCAUUUGCGUCAACAAACUUUCGUCAAGUUUCUGAAUAGUGCAUUUCCUGUAACUUUAUCAUUACCACCAAGUACAGUCUGGCAGUAAUCAUGACGAUUAAUUCGCGAGAAAUUUUAUUGUACUUUCCUUAUUGAGAUUUAGAUUUUGGAUUAUUUCUUUAUUUGAUAAUAAUUUUUUUUUUCUGUUUUUUUUUUCUUCUUCUUCCUUUUUAACUAAUAAUUUCUACUUUUUUCUUUUUCUUUUCUUUCUUUUUCUCUCCGUGGAUUUGUCCUUUCUACCUUGCUCUUUUCUUCUUUAUAUAUUUCUUUCAUAUAUAUAUAUAUAUAUAUAUAUAUGUAUAUUUAUAUAUAUAUGUGUGUGUAAAAACGUAUGUUUUCGUAUGUGUGUGUAUAUAUAAUAUAUAUAUAUAUAUCUAUAUAUAUAGAUGUGUGUAUAUAUAUAUCGGUUUUCUAUCUCUUGUCUAAAAUGAUCUAAUAUAAUAAUAAUAAUAAUAAUAAUAACAAUAACAAUAGUAAUAAUAAUAAUAAUAAUAGUAAUAAUAAUAAUAAUAAUAAUAGAAAUAAUAAAAAGAAGGAAAAAAAACUCUCUUUUCAUGUGAGGUAGUUGGCUCUCGAUUCUUGGACUUCUGUUUUUGUCUGGAAUUAUAUAUAUAUAACGAAGAAAAAAUAUAUAUAUAUAUGUACAUACGUAUAUAUAUAUGUAUAUAUCUAUAUGUAUGUAUAUAUACAUAUACAAACAAUAAUAAAAUCAAUUUGGAAUAUCUAGUAAAAGUGUAUGCCAGGUCUUGAUUGAAUCAGUUUUAGAUGAAGUUAGAUCAUUGAUCUUUUUAUGAAGAUCCUUUAUAAAUACUUGUUCGUACAUAUUAUCGUUCGUUAUUUAACGCAUCGACUGGGUCAUUGAUAUAGAGUACAAAACGAAGUAACGUGAAUAAUGUUUAAAUAUUUUGAAAGAAUGAUGAUGGUGUCUAUUCAUUGAUCGAGAUGAUUGUUUUUUCUUUUUCUUUUUUUUUUUUUUUUAACCAACCUCAUUCUUUGUUCUUGCCCAACCCUCUUUCUGUAUUUUUCUUUUUACUUUUCUUUUUUUUUGUUUGGCUCAAAAAAUCGAAAGCUUCGUUCUGGUAUUAAUAUAAAUUAAAAUAUUGAUAUAUUUAAAAUUAUAUAAAUAAAUAUAUAUAUAUAUAAUUCAAUGAAUGAGUGAAUGAAUAAAAUAAAUAAAUAAAAAAGAAAAGGAAGAUGAAGAAGAAGAAGAAAAAGAAGAAGAAGGAGAAGAAGAAGAAUCCUAUUCUUAGCUGAUAAUUAAUUUGUGCGAUAUUAGAGCCUGAAUUAUGAUUAUGUUUAAACGAUAAUUAUUUAUCAUUAGAUAAAUUCUUCUUAAUUAUACCAUCAUCAUCAUCAUCAUUAUUAUUAUUAUUAUUAUUAUUAUUAUUAUUAUUAUUAUUAUGAUCAAUAUUAAUAUUAUUAUUAUUACUAUUAUUAUUAUAAAUCUUUUUUUUCCUCGGCUUUCUGUAUUUCCUUGUUGGAUAUGAAUUAAAAAAGGAAUAUAUAUAUAUAAAAAAAAAAAAUCUAAUCACACACAUCUUUUUUCUCUCUUAUUGAUAUACGUAAUUAAUUGGUCUUUAACGAAGCAACAUUUAAAUUGCAUAGAAUGAAUAAAUGAUUAAAAAGUCAUGCAUUAUAUUGCCGUACUGUAUUUGGAUUCGAUUGCGUCAUUUUUAGUUUUUAUUUCCAAAGAAAUAUACUCUCUCUCGAAAGAAGAAGAAGAAACAGAAAAAAAAGAAACAAAAACAAAAACAAAAAUAGCUUAAAGAAAAGGUUUAUUAAUGUCUUAAUUUUUUCUUUCUUUUUUUUUUAUUUUAAUUUUUUUCUUUUUUUUUUUUUUUUUUUUACCGAUUGCCUGAGAUUUAAUACUAGCAGUAUAAUAAAUACAUUUAUAUGUAUAUGUAAAAUAUUUCUCUAAUGAAAGAUUAGCGAUAAUUCUAAUUUUUCUCCGACAAUUAGAAUUAUAUAAAAUAAAGAAAACACGAUGACACUGAAAAGUUUUUUGUUUUUUCUUUUUUUUUUCCUUUUUUUUUCUUUUUUCUUAUAUUUUUUUUUUCUCUCGGUCACAUGAUACAAAACAAAAAUCGUUUAUAAUUUUAUAUACAUAUACAUACUAUCUCCGUGUAUGUAGAGAAAUACGUAAAAAUUCUACGCGAAUGGAGAUAAUGGUCUAAAGAGAAGAAAAAAAAAAAAAAGAAAAAAGAAUGAAAAGAAAAGAAAAACGAAAACAAAAAACAACAAACAAAGCAAAACAGGUGUGUAAGUAGUUUUCAAUCUAAUGACAAAAACGUUACUAUUAUUAUUAUUAAUUAUUAUUAUUAUUAUUAUUAUUAUUAAUUAUUAUUAUUGAUAAUUAUUAUUAUUAAUUAUUAUUAAUUAUUAUUAUAUUAUUAUAAUUAUUAUUAUCAUUAUUAAUUAUUAAUAUUAAUAAUACGGAUGAAAAAGAACAACUGACAGAUACACAUACACACACACACUCGCGCACACACACACACACACACACACGAACAAACAAUGAGAAUUGAAAAUAUUCAAUGGCAUUCAGAAAUGCACAAGCGUGUUUUAUGUAAAACUAUAUUUUUUUUUCUCUCCUUUUUAUGUACGAGAGAAGAAAAACAAGAAAGAAAGAUAGAAACAAAUAAUGUGAGAGAAUGCUAUUAAAGCAAGAGUAAUAUCUACUUAUAAUUAAUUUACUUUUCGCGCGUGUGUGUGUAUAUAUAUAUAUGUAUAUAUAUAUAUAUAUUUAUAUUUAUUUAUAUGUAUAUAUAUACACACACAGAUACACACAUAUAUAUACACACACCAUACAUAUAUAUGUUAGGGAAAAAAGACGCGAGAUAUGUGAUGACGAUAAUGGUGAUGAUGAUGAUGAUGAUGAUGAUGAUAAUGAUAAUGAUGAUGAUGAUGAUGAUGAUGUUGAUGAUGAUGAUGACGAUGAUGACGACGACAAUGACGAUGAUGUAUCUCUCAAGUCUUCGCGACAAACCUGUGUACCAAGUUGAAAUUUUGCAACAAAAAAAAAGAAAAAAAGAAAAAGAGAAGAAGGAGAAGAAGAAAGAAAGAGAAAAAGAAAAACAAUACUUCCAGAAAUACUUUUCUCGAAAAAAGAAAAUAGAAUAUUAACGCAAUUUUUUAUAUAUAUAUAUAUAUGUAUAAAAGUCUUUUUAUAUGUAUAUAUAUAUAUGUAUAUGUAUAUGUAUAGAUAUUUACAGUUUGUAAUUUGUAGCGAGGUAAUUAAAUGAAGAAUCAAAUUAUCAUUAAAAAUAAAAAAAUUCCACGGAAAUAUAGUAUUUGAGAAUAAAUAUCACUCCUUUUUAUUGCUUUGCGAAUCCUUUCUUUUUUCUUUUUUUUUUUUUUUUUUUUCUUGUAACAUUUGUGAUGAUGACGAGACGAUAACAACGACGACGACGACGACGACGACGAUGACGAUGAUGAUGAUGACGAUGAUGAUGAUGAUGAUGAGUGAAGUAUAAAUCGUAUUGUGAAUUUCUUGAUGUAUAGAGAGGGAGAGAGAGAGCGUGAGAGAGAGGGAGUGAGAGGGAGAGAGAGACGAGCUUCAACAAAAAAUUAAGAAAAGAAAGCACAAAUAAAUUUAUACAAUAAACAAAAUACGAUGCAGCAUCUUCAUAGGGGGAAAAAAACAACAGCAACAAUAAAAAAGACAAAUUAAAAAUGGCGAAUGUGAGAUAGUAUAUCUGUGAUUGACGCGUUAUUUCACACACAUACAUACACACACGUAUAUAUACACAUGUUCAUGCAUCCAUAGAUACAUAGGAGCAUAUAUAACAAAAAAUUUAUUUCUAUGUUUCGCGAAAAGAAAAUAGACAAGAACAAAGAAGCAACACAAGCAAACUCAUUAUAAUUCGUUUUAUAGCGGGAAUGUAAUAAUAUUAAUUGAUAAUAAUUAAUACACAUAAACGUUGCCGUUAGCGAGCGAGAGAGAAAGUGAGAGAGAGACAAAGAGAGAGAGAGAGAGAGAGUGAUUGAGUGUGUGAGUGAGAGUGAGAGAGAGAGAGAGAGAGAGAGAGAGAGAGAGAGAAGGAGAGGUAUAACAAAAUAAGAAAAAUAAACAAGUUUUAUUAAUUGGUAAUUAAUAAUAUGAUUUAUUAUUGUAUUAAGUGAGAUAAUACGAUGUUAAGAAACACACUUGAGUAUAUUAUCAAGAAAUGAGAUUCGUUUUACCUGCAAUGAGAACAGUACAGACACCAUUUAAGUAAACAAAAUCUCUAUACAGGAAAAGUAUAGUGAAGUAAAGUAACAACUAUUAAUAAAUGAAAGAGAGAGGGGGUAGGGGUGGGAGAGAACUGAAACAAUUUUUUGAGGAAAACUACGAAAGUGAUGAUGAUUGAUAUGACGAUGAUAUCUUGAUAAAAAAAAGGAAAAAAUAAAUAAAUAAAUAAAUAAAAAAUAAUAUUAAAGGAGGAAAAAAAUUACCCCCAAAAAUAAAUUAAUAAUAAUAAUAAUAAUAAUAAUAAUAUAAAUAAUAAUAAUAAUAAUAAAUAAUAAUAAUAAUAGUAACAUUAAUAAUAGUGAUAGUAGUAAUAAUAAUAAUAACAAUAAUAAUAAUAAAUAUUAAUAAUAAUAUAAUAAUAAUAGUAAUAAUAAUAGUAGUAAUAGUAAUAAUGAAAAAAAAAAAAAUUAUACGAGCGAACAUCAUAUAUAUGGAGAAAGAUCUAUUUUCGAGAUACACAUAUCCACAGUUCGGUUUAUUGUCCUGAUUAUUUUUACUUUGAUUUUAUAACGAUUACUAUUACUAUUAUUAUUAUUAUUGUAAUUAUUAUUAUUAUUACUAUUGUAAUCUUUCAAUAAUUUGUGCUAAUUAUCGUCACGUUAAAUAGCGUAAAUAACGUGGAUCGCGGUUCAUAGGUAGAAACAUUGAUUUUAGAAAUUUCAAAAUUUUCUAAUUGACACCGGUAAGAAAGAAAUUAUAUAUAUAUAUAUACAUACAUAUGUGUUUGUAUAUAUAUAUAUAUGCACAUAUAUACAUAUAUACAUAUACACAUAUGUAUACGUAUAUCGAAUUUGGACACUUUGUGAUAGCGUUUUAUCAAAUACGCGUAUGCUUGAAUAAUCUAAUGCAGAUUAAUUAGUUAUUGUAUAUUCUGGAAAUAUAUACAUACAUACAUACAUAUAUAUAUAUAUAUACAUAUAUAUAUAUGUAUAUAUAUAUUUAAAAAUUACUGAGAUACAAAGGAAGAAAAAAAGAAAUAUAUAGAGACUGAAUCGUGUUUGUUAUUAAUCAUCGUAAAAUAUGCCUCUGGGGAUUGUCACUCUUCACAUUUUUCUUUCGAUGUUGUUUUCUUCUUUUACUGUAUUCUUUUUUUAUUUUAUUUUAUUAUUCUUUUUUUUUUCUAUUUUUUCAGAUAUGAAAAUCAUUCCAAUUGAUGUAAUAUUUAUAUAUAUAUAUAUAUGAAUGAAAAUCAGAUUAUACAAAAGUACAUUUUAAUUGAAGUACACAAGGACUAAGAAAGAAAGAGAGAGAAAGAGAGAAAGCGAGAAAGUAUGAGAAUUAAAUAGAGAGAGAGAGAGAGAGAGAGAGAGAAAGAGAGAGAGAGAGAGAGUGAGAGAGUGAAUGAGUGAGUGAGAGAUAUAGGCGGAUAUUACGAAGCAAACAAAGAAAAAAUAAAAAGUGAACGAAACAUCACAAUAUGUACACACAUAAUGUAUACAUAACGCUUACGUCUACACACACAUACACACACAUACACACAUCAUACAUACAUACACGGGGUAUGAUAAUGUUGACAUCGUACAUUUUUAAAUAGGAUAGACGAGAUUACGUACAUUAAGAAAAGCAAGAAACGAUUUAAAAUACAAAGAAAAAAAAUAUCGAGGGGAAAGAAAAAAGAGAGAGAAGUAAAUACAAGAGGUACGUUCGCUUUGCGCGACAAGAUGGUCCCCAUCCUCCUCUGCCCCUUCUCCCCUCUCCUCUUUCAAUUAGAAAACUAAUAUCUUUAUUAUUUGGAGAUGAGUUUUCAAUAAGGGAAGAAAAAAAAAUUAAGAAAAGAGGAUAAAUAAAUAAGUAAAUAAAUAAAGUAAAAUAAAAUGAAAUGAAAUGAAAUAAAAUAAGAGAUAUAACAAUGGCGGACCAGCUCGUCGUCCCUGCAUAGCCGUGCCGGUACAUAACUUAGGAAAAACCUUAUUACAUAAUACUUCGUCUUCUUCUACCGUUUUUAUUACUUCUUUCGUUCUUUUUUAUUUUUUUUUUUUUAAUAAUAAUUAUUAUUCUUUUCCUUUCUACCUUUUUAUUUUCUUUUUUCUCGUCUUUUCUUUUCUUCUUUUUUUUCUUUUUUUUCUUUUUUUUUUUUGAUUGCAAGAAUAAUUAUUACUUUAUAUAAAUAUCCAUAAUUAUUAUAUAUGUAUAGAGAGAAAGAGAGCGAGCGAAAGAUUUUUGAUGACGAGUGAUGAUUAUGAUGAUAUUAAUAAUUAUGAUAGCGAUGAUGAUGAUUACGAUGAUAAUGAUGAUGAUGAUUAUGAUUAUGAUUAUGAUUAUAACGAUGAUUAUGAUGAUAAUGAUGAUGAUGACGACGACGAUGAUGAUGAUGAUGAUGACGACGAUGACGAUGAUGACGAUGAUAAGUAAAAAUGGGUACUCUGUAAAGUGAGAGACAAAGUUGUCCUGAUAUAGUUUAAACCUGCGAGAAAGAGGGAAAUCAUAAUGGCGGUGACAAAAUUCAUGAACAAAUAUUUAGAACAACAAAACAACCCCGAAGUUAAAGUUGAACCCCCCCCCCCUGACAACACGAGAGCCUCCUUCUUCUUUUUCUUCUUCUUCCUUCUCCCAUGUUUUCCUCAACCUUAACUUGGCCUUCGUCCAACCUUCGACUCUAACCUCAACUCCAACCUCAACCUGAACCUCAACUUCAACUCCACCCCCACCCCUUGCCCCCACAUGACGACGAUACGUGGAUCCUGAUGCUGCGGGAUUACAAAAAGAAAACGCACAUGUUCAUUCUCUCAUCCGUUUUUUAAUCGAUUAAAUAUUUUUCUUUUUCUCAUACGAAUAAUAUUCCAUAUACAUAUACGUAUAUAUAUAUGUAUGUAUGUGUAUAUGUAUAUAUGAAAUAUAUAUAUAUACGCAUAGAUAUAUGAAUAUAUGAAUAUGUGUGUGUGUGUGUGUGUGGGUGCGUGUGCGCGCGCGCGUGUGCGUGUGAGCGUGAGCGGGUGUGUGUGUGUAUGGAUACGUAUAUAUAUAUAUAUAUGUAUAUAUAUAUAUGUACGUAUAUAUCGUUCUUCGUUUUGACAAAAAGUGGCGUCAGUGAACACUUUUGUUUCACCAUUAUAUAUAUGUAUAUAUAUAUACAUAUAUGUAUAUAUCUUAUAGAUAUGUAUAUGUGUAUAUAUAUAUGUAUGUAUAUGUAUAUAUAUAUAUGUGUAUAUAUAUAUACAUAUAAAUAUAAAUAAAAUAAAGGAAACAAAGGAUAAAAUGAACUGACAAAGAAGAAAAAGAAAAAAGGAACAACAACAACAACAAGAAAAAAAAAAAUAAAAAAAAAAUAAAAAAAUAAAGAAAUGCCACAUGAUGACGAAAAUUCAAAAAAAAAAAAAAUAAAUAAAUAAAUAAAAAAAGAGAGAAAAAAAAAGAAAAUGAAAGGGUGGUGAAAACACACAACAACACAUUAAUAUUAUAAUUAAUUAUAAUAAAUACAAUAUUUGUACAAUAA